AUGUCUAAAUGUCCAUAUCAGGUCGGGCAGCUGUACUCGGUAGCGGAGGCCAGUAAGAACGAGACGGGUGGAGGAGAGGGUGUGGAGGUGUUGAAGAACGAACCCUAUGAGAAGGAUGGAGAGAAGGGACAGUACACACACAAAAUCUACCACCUGCAGAGUAAAGUCCCGUCAUUUGUACGAAUGCUUGCACCAGCGUCAGCACUGAACAUUCAUGAGAAAGCUUGGAACGCCUACCCAUACUGCCGCACGGUAAUUACUAAUGAGUAUAUGAAAGAAAACUUCCUCAUCAAGAUUGAGACGUGGCACAAACCCGACAUGGGACAGCAGGAAAAUGUUCACGGGCUAGACCCAGACACCUGGAAGAAGGUGGAUGUGGUGUACAUAGACAUUGCAGACCGGAGUCAGGUGGAGCUAAAGGACUAUAAACCAGAGGAAGACCCCACUAAGUUUAAGUCUGUAAAGACUGGAAGAGGGCCGCUCGGUCCGGAUUGGAGGAAAGAGCUACCUAAAAAGACAGACUGCCCACACAUGUGUGCCUACAAACUGGUUACUGUCAAGUUCAAGUGGUGGGGCCUGCAAAACAAAGUGGAAAACUUUAUUCAAAAGCAAGAGAAGCGCUUGUUCACUAAUUUCCACCGGCAGCUGUUCUGUUGGAUUGAUAAAUGGAUCGAGCUGAACAUGGACGACAUCCGCAGAAUGGAGGAAGAGACCAGGAGGGAACUGGAUGAGAUGAGAGUGAAGGAUCCAGUGAAAGGCAUGGUGGCUCUUGAAGACUGAGGCUGCUCUGUGUUCCUGGAUGCUGCUGUUCAUAAAGAUCAGACCUGAACUACUGGAGACCAGCAGCAUCACUCUCCUCAACACAGCAACAUGUCUUUUUAAUCGUAAUCGAAGUCCCUCAUCCAGCUCUUUUGGUGGCCGUUUGUCCUGAGCAUCUUUCAUAUCCUCCUUUCAGUCUGACAAUGGAGCACAUUGACAAGUUAAAUAGGCUAUUAUUCCGGUUCUAUCCUCAUGCCCAGUUUCUGAAGUCUACCUACUUAAACAAAUACAGGGACGAUCAGCGGUUCGUCAUUUAUGGUGUCAGAUCAUUACCUUAACAUAUGGAGCUCGGCAGAAUUGUGUUUUAAGAUGAGUUUAAUGUAAAGCAGAUGAUAUUUGUGUGUAUAUAUAUAUAUUCAGAAUAUCUAUUGGCAGUGGAAUUAUUGUGACAGAUGUAUAAACAGGGUUUUUAAGUAAUUGUUCUCCUAAUUUUUUUGCGGACCAAGCCGGUUUUCCUUGUUUUGUUUUAAUCUGUAGUGAUUUGUUUUUGUUGCUUUAUUUUUUUAUUUUAUUUUACCCACUUUUUAGCCUAUGUACCAGCUGAUCCAAGAUGUAAGUGUGUCUCUUUAUAGUGUAGUACUGUACAAUCAUAGUCGUGUCAUCCUGACCAUUAAUUUAUUUGUAACAUGCAUUGUGGAUUCAUUUUGACUGGCAGCUGCUUGGUCACCUUAAAAUGUCAGCAAGUACUGUUCAUAAUUUAAUGCAAGACAGAGUUUAUUAUAACUCAUUGAACAGUAUCACAUUCUUGAAUUGUUGUUUGUUAAUCAGUCAAUAUUAAUGGUUUCAUUGUAAUCUCUUCCACAAUUUCCUUGUGUGUGCUAUUUUAGUCAAGUUAUUGUAUUUAUUUAUUAAUUUUUUUAUAAAAAAGACAGGCGUACCGUAGGUGUAGCUCUCUCUCCCUUGGCUGUUUUUGAUUGGUUUACAAGAUCAGGCUCUGCCCUUUUCUUUAGUCAGUGGCUGACUGUCUUUGAAAGAACUUGAAGAGGCAAAGCUAAACCUUUUAGCCUUGACAUCUUUCAUAAAAUUUUACUAUGACUAUUUUGUUCGCUACCAGAUGAGGUGCUCAAGGAGGAUAUUUUACGUUAUGUUUCACCUCCUGUCCAUUUUAUUGAAGGAUUGAUUAUCGCACUUACCCUUUUAUUACUUGUCUUGAGGAUAAAGACACAUUUAUCCAGUUGUUAGCAAUAAUACCUCCUUUCACAAACCCUUCCAAUCAACAUACAUGAUGUGAGAUAGUGACUUUAGAAGUGUAUAAUCCAUCCCCUCUCAGAAUGUUGCGUCAUUAGGACUUUAAUACAAAUAUACUCUCACUUCCAAUCGCUCCUUACCUGGAAUCAGGUAAGGAAGAUGAAAUGGGUUGAGCAUGGGUUUUUAAAUCAGUCUUUUCUUAGUAAUGUGAUGUAUGGAUGUAUGUGCGUUUGAAGUUCUCAGUGUUUCUUGUUUUUGCGUGAGGGACAUCCGACCUGUAACUAGAAUGGAGGUUUACACCCUUGUGUUUCUUUCAGCCAAUGCUCAGGACCCAUUGAUGCGCAUUAAAUUAUUCUUGUAGAAUUCCAUUGAAUUCAUAAAAAUUCCAUUGAAUUCUUAAUAAGUGAAUGCAGGUUUUAUGGUGUAGACUGCACGUGUUAAAACAUCUGUACCGUCAUAAUACAACCACCGAUACACCAGAACUGUGUUGGUCCUGAGUCUAAUCAAAGUGAUGUAUGGAUGUAUGUAUUGAAUUGUAUAUAAUAUAUAAAUAUAUGUAGAUGAACAUAUAUAUAUAUAUAUAUAUAUAUAACUAUAUAAAUAUAGCUCAGACUAUCCUGCCAGGCUAUCAGCACAUACAGCCUUCCAUCAAUUAUAUCUAGUGGUUUAGUAAUGGCUGGGUGUUAUCUGUGGGUGAAGUUACUGUUUGGAAUGUGGCGAAUUAUGGUGAAAUUAAAAAUUAUUAAAAACUAUAUUUGAACUAUUGAUUUGAACAGUCUAUAACUGAACCUUCAGAUGACCCCGCCCAUCACUGUCACUGGCCCCGCCCCUCAUCCCUGGCCGCUCCUCUUUGGCAGGAUGGUGUCUAAAUAUGUUUUCAUUCAUCGAUUGUUGUUGUAUUUUUGCUGUGAGCCGUAGAAAUCUCUCACUUUUAAAUUCCUUUCAAAGCUUACACUGUGAAUGAAGCCACAUUUAUGA